AAUUCGAACAGGGCUUUCUUCCAAAAAGGCGCCAAAUUGGGCGCGAUCAGAAGAUUUCGAUGCCCCCAUUGAAAAGGGCGGCAAAUUUCAGCAGCUCCCAUUUCCUCUCUCGUUCUCCGCUCGAACCCUAGAAUUUCUCCCCCAAGAAUUCCCUACAUUCUCCAAAAUUCAGAGCAGCACAAGAAAUGAAGGGUGGGACGGUUCAGAUCAACUGGCACGACACCAAGCCAGUGCUCACCCUCGACUUCCACCCGCUUUCAGGUCUCCUCGCCACCGGCGGAGCCGAUUUCGAUAUCAAGCUUUGGUUAUUAAAUUCAGGGGAAGGACAGAAAAAAGUCCCCAGUCCUACCUAUCAAAACAGCCUUUCUUAUCAUGGUUCUGCUGUUAACAGCCUUCGCUUCUCGCCUUCAGGAGAACAACUUGCCUCUGGUGCUGAUGGAGGUGAGCUGAUCAUAUGGAAAUUGCACCACUUGGAAAAUGGCCAGACUUGGAAGGUCCUGAAGACAUUAUCAUUUCACCGUAAGGAUGUGCUUGACUUGCAGUGGUCUCAUGAUGGUGCAUAUUUGAUAUCUGGAUCUGUAGAUAAUUCUUGCAUCAUAUGGGAUGUAAGCAAAGGAUCUGUCCAUCAAAUUUUAGAUGCCCAUUUGCACUAUGUUCAAGGUGUGGCAUUGGAUCCACUGGGCAAGUAUGCUGCUUCUCUGAGUUCAGACAGAAGUUGUAGAAUCUACGCCUAUAAACCCCAAAGCAAAGUAAAAAGCAGUGAGAAAACGAAUUAUUUUUCUCAGCAUGUCAUUACCAAGGCAGAAAAUGUUUCAGUUGAUGAUUCUAAGUCUGCCAGAAGCCAUCUCUUUCAUGACGAGACGUUACCAUCUUUCUUCCGAAGGUUGGCCUGGUCACCUGAUGGAUCAUUUUUACUUGUGCCUGCAGGUAUUUGUAAAAUAUCGCCAGCAUCGGAACCAGUUAAUACAGCCUAUAUAUUUUCAAGAAAGGAUCUUUCGAGGCCUGCUAUUCAGCUUCCUGGUGCCAGCAAGCCUGUUGUAGCAGUUCGCUUUUGUCCAAAGCUUUUUAGUCUUAGAGGAUUAAAUUCAGGUGGGUUCUUUAAGCUUCCACAUCGGGUCAUUUUUGCAGUAGUGACAUUAAAUUCUUUGUACAUAUAUGACACUGAAAGUGUUGUGCCACUAGCAAUCAUGGCCGGUCUUCACUAUGCUGCCAUAACAGAUGUAGCGUGGUCGGCAGAUGCACAUUAUUUAGCAUUAUCUUCUCAAGAUGGAUACUGCACUUUGGUGGAAUUUGAAAACGAUGAACUGGGAUCACCAUACGCUCUAUCAGAAGAUAGAAUAUGCAUGACGACCAGUCAGAACACAAGUCCAAUUCAGAAGCCAGAUGACCCUACAGGUGUAGUGACUAUAAACGAUGAUCAAUAUAGGACAACGAAAGCAGAAGCGAAACAAGAAGAAAACAAAAGCCUCGAAAAGCCGAAUAACAUGGCGGGUGAAAAAGCUUCUAGUGGAGACAAUCUUGUUGUAUCCCACAGCAGAGGACAUGAAAUGGAAAAGAAAGCAAGUAAACAGACAUCUUUAGGCUCCUCAAGCGACCCUGUUCCCAGCAAGCCAGCCAAAAGGCGCAUCACUCCCAUGGCUAUUGAUCCUUGACAAGGAGAAAAGAAAACGAGUUGGGUCAACUUGUGAACAGGUAAGGUGUUGUAGAUGAAAUGAUUAUUUGGGUUAAUUGGGUUCCACACAAUUGGAUAUGGAGGAAAAUUUGGCAUGCGACCCAAUCCAUAAUUGACAUCACCCAUUCACUCAACUUACAACUUUGUUACACUCAUGCCUUGACAUGGCCUGUAAUUCAAAUGUAUAAUGUUUCUACAUUUGUUCGUGAAAAUAUUACAUGAAGUACACUUAUA